ACACCCAUCCCACCACCACCACCACCACCACCACCACCACCACACCCCAUCCCACCACCACUGCCACCACCCCAUCCCACCACCGCUGCCAUCACAACCACCACCACUACCACACCCAUCCCACCACAACUGCCAUCACAACCACCCCCACCACCACCCACCACCACCACCACCACCACCACACCCAUCCCACCACCACCACCACCACCACCACCACCACCACCAACCACCACCACUACCACACCCCAUCCCACCACCGCUGCCAUCACAACCACCACCACUACCACACCCAUCCCACCACAACUGCCAUCACAACCACCCCCA